CAGCAGGAACAAAUUAGUUGAAGGAAAUCACCCGCCCCUUCGAAUUGUCCUUCCUUCUGCAUCCUCUUAAACUCUCUCUCUAGACUCUCCUCUUGUCUUCUCCGAAUCUCUUAUAAUUCCACUAACACUAGCUCAAUUUUUUUUGUAUUUUAUCUCAUACAAUCUCACGAAUUCGCACUAUUUCCCAAAUUUUCAAAAACCCUAGCCUCAAAAAAAGAGUUCGCAAAUUUCUCAUAAAUAUUCGGAAAUUGAAGUUGCUGGUUUUCUUGUCAAAUUCAGUUCUCUUAUUCCUCCGUUUUGUUCCAGUAAUUUUGCUUAAAAAGAUUGUAAAUUUUUGUUUUACUUGAUAUCAUUCAUGGAAUUAAUUGAGUACCUCCUCAAUUACAAAUUGAAGUUAUAGUUGUGCCUCAAUUACAUCAAAGAUGGUUAUGGAAUCAGAUGUUCAAUUAGUUGAAGAUAGAGUAACUCAAGAAGAAAUGGAGUCCGAAGACGAGGAUGUCGAUUUCAAUCCCUUCUUAAAGGAAACUCUCGUUGAUUCAGAAGCUUCCUCAAGCAUAAGCUCUGAAGCAGAAGGAUUAGAUAAAGACGUUAUCAGCAGCCAUGACAUUGACGGUAAUGCAAUAACAACGACGAUGACGACGACGACAACAACAACAACAACAACAACAACAACGCCAAUGACUGAUGUUGCUAAUGAGGAGGUAUGUGGUGGUGAUGUUAAUAAUGAUUUGGUUUUAAAUUUGGAAGAAAGGAGAGAGAUUAGGUUUAAGAGUGAUAAACCUAGGAUUGAAUUAGAUGAGGAUGAAGAUGAUGCUAUAUGUAAACGGACGAGAGCGCGGUAUUCGCUUGCGAGUUUUACACUUGAUGAGUUGGAGACAUUUCUGCAAGAGAGUGAUGAUGAUGAUAUUCAAAAUGUGGAUGAGGAGGAAGAGUAUAAGAAGUUUCUUGCCGCGGUUUUGAAUGGAGGGAAUGGGGAUGAUCAGGGGAGAUUGGAGGGUAAUGAUGAUGAUGAUGAUGAAGAUAAUGAUGCAGAUUUUGAAAUUGAGAUUGAAGAAGCUCUUGAGAGUGAUGUUGAUGAUUGUAUAGUUAUGCCUGAGAAGGUUGAGAGGUUGGAAAGAGGUAGUCGACGUCCUGAGACUAGGCGAAAUGGAUGCAAAAAAGGCAAUGCACAACUUAAUAAGAGUGUAACACAGCAGGGAAAGGUGGCAUUACGUCCACUGUUGCCUGUUGCAUCUGUUCCCUAUCUUGGUUCUCAAUAUCCUGGACUUGAGACUUCUUCGGAGUUUUCGUCGUGUGGGCAGUUGUAUGGAUUCCAGGCUCAUCAAAUAGGGCAAUUGUAUUGCCUAAUAUAUGAACAUGUACAGCUCCUUGUUCAAGUUUAUUCACUUUGUGUUCUUGAUUCGUCGAGGCAGCAUAUUGCAUCUCAAAUUAAGGGUCUAUUAUGUGAGUUACUUCACAAACGUGACCUGGUAUUAGCAUGGAGAAAUGGACCUUAUCCCACUUCUUGUUUUCUUCCUUCAAAUGUCGGCCAAUCUGUGUCAGUUGAAACCAAGAAAAUAUUACCUGUAGAAGGCUCUGGCGUAUCGCCUAAUGAUGGUCAGGGUUGUCGAUGGUUGCCUACUGUGGGUGAUUCUGUGCGAUCAGUUUUGGAUGUUGCACCAAUUAAGUUAGUUGGAAGAUAUAUUGGUGAUGUUUCUAAUGCUGUACGGGAGCAUCAACGGCGGUGUGUGGAAACUACUAAUAUCUAUUUGGAAAGGCAGCCUCUUUUCGCCCUUCCUAUUUGUUCGUCGUCUGAGGUAGAUGGUAAUGUUUCUAAUGGAGAUGACCCAUCUCUAAAUACCAGUGCAGUAUCACCAAAUCAUAAAGUACCUAAGAAGACAUUGGCUGCUACCCUUGUUGAAAGUACCAAGAAACAAUCGGUUGCCUUGGUUUCACCGCAAAUUGCUAAAUUGGCACAGCCAUUUUAUUCAUUGUUUAAUCCAGAAUUAUUCCCUUACAAACCACCCUCCUCAGCUGUUGCUAAUCGGGUGCUUUUUACCGAUGCAGAAGACGUCUUGCUCGCAAUGGGAAUAAUGGAGUACAAUAAUGAUUGGAAAUCUAUUCAACAGCGUUUUCUGCCCUGCAAAUCAGAACAUCAGAUUUUUGUAAGGGCAAAAAAUCGUAGCUCGUCCAGGGCCCCAGAAAAUCCAAUAAAGAUUGUACGGAAAAUGAAAGCAUCUCCACUCACAGAGGAGGAGAAAGCUCGUAUUGAGGAGGGACUCAAGGCAUUCAAACUAGACUGGACAUCAGUUUGGAGAAAUAUAGUUCCAUAUAGGGAUCCCAAUCUGCUUCCUCGGCAGUGGCGCAUUGCUAUUGGAACUCAGAAAUCAUACAAAGCUGAUUCAGCUAAGAGGGAGAGACAUCGAAUAUAUGAGUCAGAAAGGAGAAGCAAAGUAACAGCUAGGAAAUACACUCAGAUGGGACCAGAGAAGGAGAGUGAAAGCGGAGAGGACUGCAUGGACAAUGAUAAUGAAGCAUUUGUUCAUGAAGCCUUUUUGGCAGACUGGAGGCCCACUUCCUCUGGACAAAUUCGUUCCAAAAUAUCGGCUGCAAGCCUUAAGUCAGGAUGUUUGCUUGGAAAUUCACCUGUUUCUAGAUCUUGUGCUGUCCACAAUGAGGCAGGUCAUCAUGAGAAUCAAGAAUCUCAAUCUGACAAAGGUGAGACCCGUGAGGUUUCAGCUGCUUCAGAAAAUUGCCAUCUAAUGCAUUACAAAUCUUUGCAUCCUUGUGUAACCUCUAGCUAUCCACCACCUAUUGCAACUUCAAUGACAUUUGAAGAUUGUCCGUUGCAAUCACAGAGGCCUGGAAAGUCUAGCAUUUCCAAUUUAGUUAAGUUAGCACCAGAAUUACCCCCUGUCAAACUUCCUCCAGCAGUCCGUGUUAUGUCUCAAGCUUCUCUCAGAAAGUCCCAGCUCGGGAGCUCCAAUCAGGUUGCUACUGCUAGUCCUGAGAUUGAAAAGUCUUUUGUUGAUCCCACUGUUUUUGACUGCUCUAUGAAUUCAGUAAGACGUAUGCACGGCAAAAAUAAGAUCUCAAACCUCAACUCUGCUAGUGUGCCUUUUCAGACGGACGGACUCUCGAAGGAUAGAUGUCUUGGUAAAGAAAGAGGCACGGACAUGGAUCCUCAAAUGCACCCUUUACUGUUCCGAACAAUUGAAGAGGGGAAUAUACCGAGCUACCCAGUCGACAAUUCUAUGAGGAUUCCAACUUUUAGUUUUUUUCCUCCUAUGCAACAUCAAACAAAUGUGACUCCCCUUCGAAAUCCUUGCACUGCUGGCCCCAACAAUGGCUUAGAAUCUUUCAGCUUGAAAGACACUGCCCUGGGAUCUUCCAGUCUAGAUUUUCAUCCCUUAUUACAAAGAGCCAAAGAAUUUAGUGCCGACUCUUUAGAUGCUGGCUUGACUUGCUCCAUACUGAAUACUGAUCUGGAACUCUCUAGGGAUCAGUUUGUAGAAGAUAUAGUUUCUGAUGCUGGGGCAACUGCAUCUCAAAUAGCUACCACUACUAGACCAAGCAGUCCCAAUGCAGAUGCAAAUGAUUUGGACUUGGAUAUUCGCCUGAGCUUUGCGUCUAAAAGGAGGAAAGUUUCAAGUCUUGAAGGGGUUAAAAUUAAUCGAACAUCUGCAUCUGUAAGUGGAACAAGAGCUGUGGAAAGUAUGGGAGAGAGAAGUGGCACGCACUGUGAAACGUCUCAGCUUGCAGAUAUUGUUGCUAGCAAGCAUAUGGAGACAUCGGGUCCUGGCAAUUCUGCUCCAAUGUCGCAUAAACUUGAUGACGAUAAUGGUACAUGUACUAAUGAAAAUGUUGGUGAUCAUCCGCUCUUAGAAAUUGUGAUGGAACAGGAAGAAUUGAGUGAUUCUGAUGAAGAAAUUGAGGAUGUAGAGUUCGAGCGUGAAGAAAUGGCAGAUUCUGAUGGAGAAGAGGGAUCAGAUGCUGAACUGGUUGCUGAUGCACAUGAUAAGGAGCAGUCACAUGCUGCUUUGGGCAUAGAUAGUCACACUCAGCUUUCCGAAUCACUUGCACCUGGAGCUUCAAAAAGGACCCGGACUCAGAGAAAAGGAAGAUUUCCUAGUUCGGGUUUGGCUGGUCCAGGGAAAGGCCACGCAAAGGGUUCCUGGUUAAGUUUGAAUUCUCAUGGCUCUCAUUACAAACCACUUUCCAGAACCAAGAGGACAGAAAGCUCUUCUGAAACAGACCCAAUUCCAUCACAUCCUAAUGGAUAUGGUAAGAAGGCAGUUUCAAACUCAAAAGCAUCAAGUGAACAUAAAACUAAUAUUUCCCAGAAAGAUUUGUUCUCCACGUCAUCAAGGAAUUCCAGAAAGCAUGCCUCAAAAAAUUCACCCCCUUUGAGAGCAGACGUUCUUGCUGGAAAGUCCAGUUGUACAGAGAAGGAUUGAAAUGUUCGAUAAGUGAAUAGAAUCUGUUGUCUUUGCUACCGAUCAGCUUGAAGGUUUUGACAUGCUGGAAAUGACACCCUUACAACAAACAGUGGAGCCUCUUUUGAGGUCCUCUUUCAUGCGUCUUAUUCAAGCAACCUAAUUUUCAGAUUGACAUGAACGAAUCUGUGAAGUUCAGGUAUGCCUUCCUUGUAGGGAUUCUUUUUUUGGUCUUGUGAAUGUCGGGUUUGUUGUACAUCCCAGCUCCCUCCCUCUAGCGAGGAGGGAAGGAGUGGCAUAGAAGAUGCAAUUGUACAUAAUGUGUUAUAUCAUUCUUUCCCUGAUGUGCAUUCUGAUAGUCUGUUUUAGGUAUUAUGUGUACAUAUACAAGCUCAUCUAGUGAUUUGUAGAAAAUAAUGAUGAUGGGUUCAUAAUUCUUACUACAUACAAAUCUGAGUUUGUUUC